AUGAUAGAAUGUGUGCAGCGCGAGGCCAUGGAGGAAGCCGGGCUCACGCUUUCUUCGAUUUAUCCUCUCGACCUCGAUGAAGGCACACUGCACUGGUAUACGGCCAAGGUGACGGCAGAUGGGCCCCGUACCGAUAAGAACCUGGAUGAAGAGAAACACGCAGUCAGCGGUAAAAACGACUGUCUGCAAGAGGUCUUCCUGCCACAACACAGAGGAAACCAACAGCUUUCUGAGAAGAGGUCAAUUAUCAACACCUCGGUGUGCAGCGACCCGAUAAGAGGUGUGCCAGAGCUGGGUCUUCAUCCUUUGCCGCCGAUGUGCGGCUCAUGUUCUCGGAGAAGGGCAAUCUGUGUCCCGGAUGUCUUCAAAGUCUCUAGACGCCAAGCCAUCACGAGGUCGCGGAUGCAGGAUCACGACAGCCCACCAUCAGGAACGGUCUCGCCCAGCUCCCGAAUGAGCCUGGCAAAAUUCGACGUAGGGUCACAGCGCUCCGCGGUAGGCCUGAAGACAGGGUGGGCCUGGUCCUUGGAUUCGCGCAGCUGGGACGCGCACAAACGAGUCGUGGUGGUGCCCUUUGCGACAUUUUGA